AUGCCACCCGGAAGUGGCCCACAGAAACAUCGCCCUAAAUCUGUGGAAAAGCGAGGGCUACCGCAUCAAGAGCAGCUGCGGCCAAAGAGGCGAGCUCAAAAGCUGAGAAUCGGGACGAUGAAUGUAGGAACUAUGACUGUCCGAGGAAGAGCAUUGACGGAGUUGAUGCGGAGAAGGAAAGUGGACAUUAUUAGAUGGAGUGGCAAUAAGUCGAAAGAGUUGGGAGACGGAUACAAGUUAAUCUAUGGAAGAGCAAAUUUGGACAAAAGAAAUGAUAUUGGAAUAAUAGUGUCGGAAAAAUUGAAGAGUGCAGUUGUGGAAACAGGUUGCACUGAUGAUGAAAAGGAUGAAUUUUGGACAACACGACAGGAUGAAUUUGAGAAGGUUGCUGAAGACGAAAGAUAUGUUAUCGGUGGAGACUUAAAUGGACAUGUUGGGAGAGGAUCCGAUGUUAUCAGCCGAGUGCACGGAGGGAUGUGUUAUGGCGAGGGAAAUGAGGAUGGAGAACGUGUUAUUGAUUUUGCCAUCUCUAACGAUAUGGUUAUCAGUAACACUAUUUUUACGAAACGACAAGAAUAUCUUAUCACGUACAGGAGUGUCGGAAGAGCUAGCCAAAUAGACUACCUCUUGUAUCGUAGGAGAAAUAUGGUUGGGAUAAUAAACUGUAAGGUAGUUCCAGGUGACCAAUGGGCCAACCAACACCGACUGGUCGUGAUGGAUUUGAACAUCAAGAUAUCUCGAGUGCAUAGCACACCGAAACCUGGACCUAAGAAGAUCAAAUGGCAUAGAUUGAAGGAUCAGGAGAAGAAAGAAGAUCUGAACUCCUGGUGGAAUGAAACAGCGGAAUUUGUAAUACGUGCAGGAAAAGAGAUUUUAAGAGAAACUAGUGGAAAGAUCUGGAAAGAUAUAGAAACCUGGUGGUUCAAUGCUGAAGUACAACGGCAAAUGAAAGAUGAGAAUGGAAAUAUAAUCAGAACACAACAAGGAAACAUCAAGAGAUGGGAACAGUAUUUCUCUAAAUUACUGAACGAGGAAAAUGAACGGCGCAUCAGAGGUGAUGAAGACGCUAACCAGGGUGCAGUCUUGGAAAUAUCAAGACAGAGGUGCAACAGGCGCUGA